AGACCAAACCAAGCCUAGAAAAGAAAACACUUGCAAAGUUGGAAAGAGCCAUUUAAUUACUUUUUUCAGUACUGAGUGGACAUUGGCACCAAACAAGCAUGGAUACAAUCAAGUCCUUCAAGGGCUACGGCAAAGUAGACGAGUUGGAGCAGCAAGCCUAUCAGAAGAAGACACGUAAGCGCCUCAUAAUCAUCGCAGGCUCUUCCAUCGUUCUAUUUGCGGUGAUCAUCGCUGCGGUCGCAGGGGUUGUGAUACACAAGCGCAACACCUCAUCAUCGCCCUCCUCUGACUCGCCCCCGCAAACUGAGUUAACCCCGGCCGCGUCACUCAAAGCGGUUUGCCACGUGACUCAGUACCCUAACUCGUGCUUCUCCGCAAUCUCCUCGUUACCGGAAUCCAACACCACUGAUCCGGAGCUCCUCUUCAAGCUCUCUCUCCGCGUCGCCAUUGACGAGCUCUCGAAGCUCUCGAGCUUUCCUUCGAAGCUCCGCGCCAAUGCGGAACACGACGCGCGUCUCCAGAAGGCGAUCGAUGUCUGCGGGAACGUCUUCGGCGACGCGCUGGAACGGCUCAACGACUCGAUCUCCGCGCUCGGAAGCGGCGCCGCUGAGGCCGGAAAGAUUAUCUCUCCGGCGAGUGUUGGCGACGUGGAGACGUGGAUCAGCGCCGCGCUCACGGACCAGGACACGUGCCUCGACGCGCUCGCCGAGCUGAACUCCACCGCCUCGCGCGGCGCGCUGCGCGAGAUCGAAACCGCGAUGAGGAACUCCACGGAGUUCGCGAGCAACAGUUUGGCCAUUGUCACGAAGAUCCUAGGGUUGCUUUCGAAGUUCGAUUCACCGAUUCACCACCGGCGGCUGCUAGGGUUUCCGGAGUGGCUCGGCGCGGCGGAGCGGAGGCUGCUUCAGGUGAACAGCAGCGAAACGACGCCGGACGCUGUGGUGGCGAGUGACGGUAGCGGACAGUUCAGGACGAUCGGUGAGGCGCUGAGAUUGGUGAAGAAGAAGAGCGAGAAGAGGUUCGUGGUGCACGUGAAGGAAGGGCGUUACGUUGAGAACAUCGAUUUGGAUAAGAAUACGUGGAAUGUGUUUAUCUUCGGUGACGGCAAGGAGAAAACCGUCGUCGUUGGUAGCCGGAACUUCAUGGACGGCACGCCGACUUUCGAAACCGCCACCUUCGCUGUGAAAGGCAAGGGAUUCAUUGCCAAAGACAUAGGAUUCGUGAACAAUGCAGGUGCAUCUAAGCACCAGGCUGUGGCAUUGAGAUCUGGCUCGGAUCGUUCUGUGUUCUUUAGAUGCUCAUUUGAUGGCUUCCAAGAUACCCUCUAUGCCCAUUCCAACCGCCAGUUCUACCGUGACUGUGACAUUACAGGCACCAUAGACUUCAUAUUCGGCAAUGCAGCUGCUGUGUUCCAAAACUGCAAAAUAAUGCCUAGACAGCCUCUACCAAACCAGUUCAACACCAUCACAGCUCAGGGCAAGAAGGACCCCAACCAGAACACCGGAAUCAUAAUCCAGAAAUCAAAAUUCAUUCCCCUUGGAAACAAUCUCACAGCUCCCACAUACCUUGGUAGGCCAUGGAAAGAUUUCUCCACCACUGUGAUCAUGCAAUCUGAUAUUGGGUCAUUCUUGAAGCCAGUGGGGUGGAUUAGUUGGGUCUCCAAUGUGGAACCUGUAAGUACAAUCUUCUAUGCUGAAUACCAGAAUACUGGGCCUGGAGCUGACGUGUCCCAGAGGGUCAAAUGGGCUGGUUAUAAGCCCACUCUCACGGACGUGGAGGCAGACAAGUUCACUGUGCAGUCCUUUAUCCAAGGCCCUGAGUGGUUGCCAAAUGCUGCUGUGGAGUUUGAUUCCACCUUGUGAUUUUAACACUAUAGAAAGAUAUCAACUGCUAAUCAUAUUUUACAUGUCUUUAAUCACACUCUUGUAACAUGUAUUACACUCUACACGCAUUUUUUUGACCUACUUUUGAAUGGUUUGUAAAAUUCUUCUAGACAAUGCGUUUUGGAAAGAUGUCAAAAUUUCAAAUGAAAAUCAAAAUAAAAAUUGAACAUAUGACUUCAA